UCAACUUCAUCCCCUUGAAUCUGCUUGAAACUUGGUCAGGGUUUCAGCACUGAAGUUGGUGCUGGACUGAUUGCAAACAAUAACACUGGCCUGUUGUUCUCUACUCAUCUGCAGACAGAUUGUUUAAAAUUAAGAUCCUGUUCCCACUCAACUUCUCCAUUUGGGGUUUUCCCCAAAGCUUCCCAGAAGCAGAUAGUGCUUCCUGGAGCUGUGCUUACAGAGCAUUACACUUCAUGCAGUGCUGUCUCCUCCUGACAAAACCAGGCGGAUGUGUCCUUCCCUCAGAGCUGCCAGGUUCAAAGAAAGCCCAUGUACAAGCUGUUGUGCUGUUCUGAUGUCAGCCUGGUCCAAGGUGGUGUACAGUCUACAGCUUGACCAGGAAGCACUUUGAGGACAGGUUCAUGGCAAGGAUGAAAGGAUACUUUCUGGUAUAAAAAGCUUGACUGUAGAAGUGAGCUUAGGCUGCGCUUAGAAAUGCAUCUUGGAUCAAUUGAUUUGAUCCCGUAACGAAGCAACAAGCCUGCAAGUUCAUGCCUUUCCUUUUCCCACUGACUUCAUGAUGCAAUGACUAGUCUGUUCCAGAGCUUCAAGGAAGAUUCAGGAGAACAUGCAGGAGGUUGAGAUACCUCUUGGGAGGGCAGAUGGAAAUUGAAAUAGGUUAGAAAUGCUCUGGGAGCAAGCUUAGUUAAAGGGAAAAGGCUAAAGAGGGUAUAUGUUACAUUUACUACAAGAUAGAAGCUUUCUUUGGAAAAAUUAGUAUUUUAAAUAACAAGAGACUUAAAAAUUAUUGCUUUUAUAGAAAAUGAGAUACUUUAUUUUAGGGGAUGAAGAAAAAAAAGCCAAGAGACCAGAAAGCAAGGGGAGGGGGCAGAGAAGGAAAAAGGAAGAGUGGGGGAAGAGAUGGAGUCACUGGCACUGCUGCAAGGGCAGCACAUUUUUUGGCUGGCAAGGGAAGCUGAUGCACAGUCAGUGGAGAUGAAGGCUGCCAAGAAUCCUGUGUGCAUGAUUAAGUUCUGCCUACAAAAUCAUUAGGGCUUAUGGUCACUUAAAUUAUUACAAACCCAAAUAUAAAUGUUUAUUUUCUUAAAAUGGAUUUUGUUUCAGUUUGAGGGUUCUGUUUAAAUGUGACAUGCCUGUGCAGCCAGUAGCAUGAGCUGAUGCGACUGAGCCAGUGCUGUUUCCUCCACGAGCUGACGCUUCACUUCCUGCAGCAAGUGGGUUCACUUGUGCCUGCCAGGGCUGCCAUGGAGGGAUAAACAGGGUUGGACCUGGGUUUUCCAUAUGUCCUUAUGUGUUUCCUGCUGCCCAUGUAUUUUUUUUUUUAAUCACAUCAAUAACCACUUUUGUGAAAGGUAAAAAAUAUUCUGUAUCAUCGAUUAAAAACUGUGAGAACAUCCUUGGUAACCUUGUGUUGCUCCAGAUGGUAAACUCUGCAGUCCCUUCAUCAUUUCAGUAAGGCAAAAUACUUUUCAGUGGCUUGCCUUUUAUCCUAACACUUCUAAAACAUUUUUAUACAUGAUCUUUUUCAAAGGUACUCUGGGGGAUUUCCACUCCCUUGCUGUUUUAAAAUGCUCAUACUGUUGUGUUAACCACAAAGCUUACGCUGGUGCACUCUAUCUCUCUUUCUCUCUCUCUCUCUCUCAUUUUCUCCCCAUUGAGGACCAGCUACCAUUUCCAGUACAGAGAGGCCCAGGUGCUGGAAGCCAGAAGUGGAAGAAGAGCUUCUGUGACCCGCCCGAGUCACUGACAGGAUUAAUAUAGCCAAGGACUUGAACAUAAUUUAAUAAAACUUUGAAAAAGUAGGAGUUUACUGCUAUAAAUGAGGGAUCCACAGAAAAAAGAAAGAUGUCAAGUUAAGAGGCUUCAACUCCUGCAACACCUAAACUGAAGCUGGUGCCGUGUUUCCCUCUGGAAUCUGUCUCAUCCCUCUGCAGAUGCCAGCCCUCCCGCGAGCGGCACCCUGCUGCAAGCAGUAGCUGAUGCAGCGUGGCUGCCAGUGAGUAUUUGAAGAGAUUCCCCCUGUGUCUGGUUCCCAGUGCAGCUCCCAUGGCCUGUGACGAACCCACUGCUCUCUCGGGCAUCUUCACACGCCAGAACUCUGCCAGCACCACCUCUCUGGACUUUGAGCCUGACGCCGACUACAAGUUUGUUGAAACCUUAGAGGAUCGGUACAAGUGUGCCUACUGCCACCUCGUCCUUCACAACCCUCACCAGACAGGAUGUGGGCACCGAUUUUGCCAGCAGUGCAUUCUUUCUUUGAGGGAGUUAAAUGCGGUACCCACCUGUCCUGUCGACAAAGAAACAAUAAAAAUGCACGAGGUAUUCAAAGACAACUGCUGUAAGAGAGAAGUUCUCAAUUUGCAUGUGUUCUGCAAAAACUUUCCUGACUGCAAUUCAAAAAUAAUUCUGGGACGAUAUCAGGAGCAUCUUCAGCAGUGUUUGUUUGAAAGCACGCAAUGCACUAAUGAUGGAUGUUGUGAUCAAAUUCUUCGGAAAGACGUGAAAGAACACUUGAGCCAGCACUGUAAAUUUCGAGAAGAAAUGUGUCAGUACUGUAAUACAUAUGUGGUGUUCAUUAACAUGAAGAAUCAUGAAAAAGAUGACUGUCCUAAUUAUCCUGUGCCUUGUCUCCAAAAUUGUUCACAAAUAAUUCUGAAAAAAGAGAUUGAAAAGCACCAGGCUGUGUGCCCUGAAGCAGAAGUGGACUGCCCGUAUAAGCAGUACGGAUGUCUUGCAAAGGUUAAAAGAGGGAAACUUGCUGAACAUGAAAACACUGCCCUGAGGGAACACAUGCUGCAGAUUUUAGACAAGAACUCCCGGUUGGAAGAACAGAUAUCUGACCUAUAUAAGAGCCUGGAAUGUAAAGAGAUUAAAAUCCAGCAGCUGGCAGAGGCCAUUAAAAAGUGUGAGAAAGAAUUCAGACAGUAUACACAACUGUUUGGUAAAAAUAGCAACUUGAUGGUAAGCACACAGGCUUUGGCCAGCCACCUGGAUAAGUCUGCACGCCUGGAAUCACAAGUGAAACAGCUAAUACAGAUGGCAAACCAGCAGCAGAGUAAAUUAGACUUGCGGCCCCUGUUUGACACAAUCGAAAAUGUAAAACAGAAGAUUGCCCUGAUGGAGACAUACGAUCAGCGCUUGGUUGUUUUGGAAGAUCAGUCCAGCAAACAUGAUCUCCAGAUCAAUAUUCACAAAGCCCAGCUCAAUAAAAAUGAAGAACGAUUUAAGCUUUUGGAAGGCACGUGCUACAAUGGGAAAUUAAUCUGGAAAAUCACAGACUACAAGAUGAAAAAGAAAGAAGCGGUGGAAGGCCGUGUCCUCUCCAUAGCCAGCCAGCCCUUUUACACCAGCCGCUGUGGGUACAGGUUGUGUGCGAGAGCCUACCUGAACGGGGAUGGCUCAGGGAAGGGAACACACAUCUCUCUCUACUUUGUAGUGAUGAGGGGGGAAUUUGACUCGCUGCUGCUGUGGCCUUUCAAGCAAAAAGUUACACUUAUGCUUUUGGACCAAAGUGGGAAAAAAAAUCACAUUGUGGAAGUCUUUAGAGCCGACCCCAACAGCAGCAGUUUCAAAAGGCCAGACGGGGAAAUGAAUAUCGCCUCCGGAUGUCCCCGCUUCGUGCCGCACGCGGUCCUGGAGAACACAAAGAACACCUAUAUCAGAGAUGACACUCUGUUUUUGAAAGUCGUCGUGGAUUUAACUGAUCUGGAGGAAUUGUGAAAAUUGUUCCCAAUCAAUGUGACUGCUUUAACCAUUAAGAACUGCUUUCUUGGUGACUACCAGCCAUGCAAUAGUGAAUUGCCACCAGUCAAGCUACUGAGAAUGUUUCACAGCUUUUGGACUCAUAAGAGAUAAUGAAUUGCCAAAGUGUCAGCCUUUCCUUUUUUAACCCUUUUUUCAAGACUGCAUUUUUAAGGCAGCUAGAAGUCCCGUUUGGUGCAAACAUGCAUUCAAUCCAGAUUGGCUCAGUCCAGGCUGGGGGGAAUGCUUUUCUCCCAUCACCAAACUGGUGUUUGGAGAUGAAACUCCUCCAGUAACCUCCCUGGAGCCCAGGCAGGCCUGUGGGCUCCCAUCCCUCACACAGCAGUGAAGCCAUGCCCAAACGUGCAAAUGCGUUUCACCUGUCUGCAAUAGAAACAUUUCAACAUUAGCAAAUUUGAAUUAAUGUCUUGAUCCCUCCAUCUCCUGGAUUUUUGAAGAGUGGAGAAUGGCUUCAGUCAGGCAGGGAAAACAUUUGCUAAGUAUCUUGCAUUUUUGUAAUUUGUUUUAAUUAUGUUUUUCCAGAAAGCCCAGAGGAAGGCACCAAUGCCUCUUACUUUUUUAGCCUGGUUUUUCAGCUAUAUAGAGUACACCCAGGUCACAACAGCUUUCUUAUGUCCUUUCCUUUCCUGCCUAGUGCCUUGGGACUGAUUUCCAUUAGUGGUAAACAUCCACAGUCCCCAUCUGAAGCCAAAAGCUGCAGGCACUUCUCACCUCUCAGGACAUGGCCAGAGGCAGGGCACUCGGCCAGCCUGCCAGCUCUUGGCUGUGCUGUUGGAAGAGGGGCAAAACUGUUCUUUUUCUUCCACAUCUGUGCAAAAUUGAUGUUUUCUGGCCUACAAGCUUUAUAAAAGGCAGGAAAAGCUUUGGAUAUCUGCCUGGGAGAAAGCCCACGUAACAUGCACUGUUCCUCUCUCCUAGAAAUUUGGAUGUUAGGGGAAGAAGGGGGAAAAGGGAUUAGGGAGUGAGGUUGCAGUAGGAACCCAAUUCUCACAAAUAGUGCAGCUCUAGCGUUUGUUAAAGGGUGACACAGCCACAGUAACAACUGCUGACUGUGUUGUCUGAAGAUCUUAAUUCUCAUUCCAAGUUCCUUCCAUACUGCAAGGGAAUGUGUGCAUUGUAUGGGGUUUAUUGGAGACCCACUAAAACUAUCAAGAUCAGGCACUGAGGAAUAAGUGACACAGAAUACACGUGCCUUUUUAAAGCCUUUUGGGUGCCUGUAACAGGGAUGUAAUUUUGCAUUCUCAGCCAUUUUGUUAUUACAAGUGACAGAGUUUUGCAUCUCUCAUCUCUCACAGAUCAGGUAGUGAAACACCACAGCAUUAUCCAUUGCUCCAAAGCUUAUCAAGAGACAGCAAGACAAUAAGCUGGAUUUAGAGUAAGAGUAAACUAGGCAAGAUAAAAAUCAAAACAGGGCAUGGACUGAAAGGUAUAAGGCAGAAAAUUCAAGAGGGCAAAUGUGGCAAAAUGAAAAAUGCCCUCUCUGUGCGGGAUGUUGAUAUCAACUAAAAUAAUUCAAGGUUUGGUACUAAGAUGAAGGCAAAAUACUGUAUUUUGUAUCUGCAGUCUUAUUGCUAGACAUUUACUUUCCCACGUGGUUUUCAGGACGUAACUCAGACACAUAUAUUUUCAAACUGGGGGGUGGAAGGGAAGAGACCUUAGUAAUCUAUACCUCAUGGUGGGUUAGCACAUCUGAAAUCUUUGUUUUCAUCUGGAAGUCCUUUUUGUUUUACAAUGUCAGGACGUACUGAGCCACCGUAGGGGCUUUCCGUGUUCCCAGAAACAGAUGGCAAGGAACAAAUUGUAUUCUUUUGCACCACCAUGAUUGACUUCAAGAGUAAUUUCAGCUGUACAGCAUGUCCCUAGCAUUGUUACAGAAAGAGAAAGCUUGGUUUGACAGUGGUGUGGCAUUCUGUGUCAUCAACCGUGAGCCUCAGAUGUGGAUUUCAUGUUGAUUAUUACUUCAGUCUUUGUCAGGUAACUUUCAAAGUGACACAACUUGCAUAAUAACCACUAAUAACUGAUGGAAAUGUACCAACCAUGUGUCCUGGGACUCCUCAGUACUUUGAGUAUAAAAUACAGAAAAUGAUAAAGAACUUGGACAAGCAAGGGAGGCAAGAUGGAAAGGAUGUGGUCUGUAUCCUGGGAAAUACCCAGCCCUCUCCGCCUCCACUACCCCAAGCGUAAAAUGGGGAUAAUAAUACUUGCAGAAGUGUUAGAGCUAUUUAAAUGUUUGUGAAGAAGUUUGAGCAUGAAGAGAGCUAAGUAUUAUUAAAACUCCAUUUCUAAUUGUUAGAGUAGGUGAUGGCAUAGUGACAUGGAUAAGUGUUUAGUGUUUUCCUGGACAGAUUUUGAAAUCAUGUUUGGUUUUAGCCAGUUUGUACUGCAAUCUCUCCUCUACCUACUGGUUGGGUUUAGGUUUUUGCCACGAAUAUUCCUCUUAAAAUUUUGAAGCACAAAUGAUUCGUCCUGGGUGUUGGAAACAUCCCUUUAGACAUACUGCCUGUUUUAUAAAGAAUUAGUUGAGAAAAUUGGAUUUUUUUAAAGGCAAGACCUUCUUUAAAUUGUUUGUGGUUUUUUUUAUUACAGUAAUUGAGAGAUUUAUGUUAAAAUUUUCAGUGAUUUUUUUACUACUUGUAAACAGGAUUUUAAACUUCACCCCAUUCCUAAUAAGGAAAAAAAUAUGUUGUAUAGCAUGAAUUGUCAGGAAGAAUUUUGAUGUUGCAUGAAAAAAAUACCAAAAACCUUUUCAAUAAUAUUGUACUGGAUAAGUAACCAAAAGAGCUUAGGGUAUUUCUACAUCAGCAUACAGUAUGUUUCUAAAGUAUUUAUUGACAGUUUGUAGUUGUUUGAAUAUCUCUUACUACAAUGCAGGCAUUUUUCUAGCCAAAUGUCUUCACUGUGUACAUAAACUAAUGUAAGAAUAAAUAAUUUUACCAUCCUUCUGGA